AUGAGUGCAUCCACCAAGCAAGAUAGAAGCACUCCCCAGACAAUCGACGUGGCUGGGUAUCAAAUAUACGGCGUUUCAGUUGCGGCUAUGGAAACAUGUAUAUGCAUUCCAUCUCUGUCGUUAGCGUUCGAUUCUGGUCGUUGUCCCCCUCGUGCGGUAUCCAUGAAGUUUAUGGCCAUAACCCAUGGCCAUUGCGACCAUGUGCACGGUCUUCCGUUGCAUCUAGCCACAAGAUCAUUGCAAAAAUUACCCACGCCCACGUACUUUGUGCCUCCGGAAAUAGUACCAGAUGUCAAAAAUUUAGUCAGUGCCGUCGCGAAACUGGAACAAUCCCAUUUUGAGUUCGUGGUCGAAGGACUGAGUCCGUCACAUCCUCCAGUUGAGUUCAAGAAAGGAUGGCUUCUGAAAUCUUUUCCAACGACGCACCCUGUUCCCUCCCAGGGAUACAUUGUGAUUAAGAAGAAAAAGAAACUGAAACAGAAAUAUAUUGGCACUCCGGGGCCUGAACUGGUCAAGAUGCGAAAGGCCGGAACCGAAAUUGAGGACAACAUAGCAAGCCCGGAAAUAUGCUUUACUGGUGACACGUCUCUAGACGCAAUUGCGAAGUCGGAUGACUGCAGAAGGGCGCGGGUCCUCAUCACUGAAAUGACGUUCCUUGAUGAUUUUUGCUCGCCCGAACACGCAGAAAAUUGUGGUCACAUCCACAUAGAUCAGGUAAUUGAAAACAGUAACCUGUUUGACGAAAAUGAGUCCGUAGUCUUCACCCAUUUUAGUGCUAGGUACUCAAAAGCGGGCAUUCGCAGAGCUCUCUGGAAACUGCCGGAAGGUUUGCGCCAGAAAAGCAUUGCCUUUGGAGCUUGAGAUACUGCAGGCAUGGGGCAAAUUCAUGAUGAGGAUACGUAUACGGGGUAAAGAGAUAGUACAGUAU